CGUGGCGUCGCUGGCCGCCCAGAGCAGAGAAAUCCACGGCUGUUGCUCGGUGUGUUUGGUGCGGGAGACGAGUGUUUAUUCCCAGCGUUUACGGGAUUUAAAGACUCACCAGUCAACUUCAGAGUAAAUACUUGCACUCCCUGGCUCCGUAAAUCACGGGACAAUGAAUGGUAAGUCCACGAACGGUUCUGUGGGAGGAAUGGCCUGUAUCGAGGGGCUGCCCCCGCUGCCGAAGAGCCUGAGCGGCUUGCUGAACUCAAGCGGCGGCUCCUGGAGAGAAAUGGAGAGGAUGUACGUGAAGAAGACCAUGAUCCAGGACGACCUGAGCCGAGGCAGGAACAACGCCGACAACCUGCUGGCCAACAAGCCGGCCAACCUCGACGCUGCCCUGGCUCUGCUGCGGAAAGAGAUGGUGGGCUUACGUCAGCAGGACAUGUCCCUGCUGUGCCAGCUGUGGUCGCUCCACGAGUCGAUCCAGGAGUACAAGGGCAGCUGCCAGGACCUGAGCGCCGCCUCCAGCCUCAGCAUGAUGGAUAACGGCUACUUUGACGAGGAUGACGAGUAUUACCCAGAGCCCGGUGCCACCCCCACCGGAGAACAGCCAGACGGAGAGGUCGGAGACGGGACGGCAACAAUGGCAGCAGCCAAGAACGGGAGCAGCAGCAGCAAAGACGACAGCUGGGACUCCUUUCACGUUACCAUCUGAGGCCUCAUUCUCGGCACCGUUCUGCAGAUGGAUACAUAUUUUUGGGGGGUAAAGCUGGAGGAAAAGCCGCAAGGCUCACGAACCCUUUUGGAAGGAAUUAAACUGGUUGGUUAGAGAUAGCUGCUUGUGGUAUGUCGUUACCAUAAUAGACUCCAGCUUGACUUCAACUCCUCAGGUGAAACGCACCCCUGCUUGUGCUGCAGAAUUUUUGUUUUUCUUUUGCAGCACGACCAGGAGCUUCAUCAGACUGCGGAGCUGAGAGGCCGGGUGCCUAGUUGACGCCCUUUCAAACUCAGGAGUUGAGACGGAUUGUAUUCCAAGACUCCAUAUACUCAAAAUUAGGCAAUAUAUAAUUCCUUUUUAUAAACGGCUCUACUGCUGCUUCUAUAUCAAGUGGUUUUGCUAGCCAAUCACCCUUUUUGGCAGAACUGUUUUUUUUACAUAUACAAAAAUAUAUGAACAAAGUUGUAUUAUUUAUUAUAUAAUAUAAAUAACAAGAUAUUUGCUUUCCGGUUGCUCUCGAUGGAAGUUUUGUACUGCAACUCUACCCAGGUACAAGGGUACAGCAUUUACAGGUUGGGAAUCCCGGAAAUUGGGACUUCAAAGCAAGCACAGAGGACAGGACUUCUGAACUCUUCAAUCGGUGUUGGUGCAAAGAGACUGUGCGGACAUGCUGACGGAGACGGUGUGUGUGUGUGUGUGUGUGUGUAUUACUUUUAAGUGGUGAAAUCAUUCAUUAAUGUAAAUCCCAGAAGGUCUGCACAGAAGGUGUCAGAUCUCAAGAAUGGAGAAAGAGGCGAAGUCGUCAUACCUGCUUUCAGAGUUUUGGUACAGGAGUGACGGCUAUGCUUUCCUACCUUUUUUAGAUGGAGCAGACGCUUGCUCUGAAAAUGUGAAAUGUUCCAAAUGCUGGAGACAGUUUGAACCUGAACCUUCAACGCUGUUACGGGCGACUUUUUCAGACUGGUUGGUGUAAAAGGCACGGUGGUUUCGAUCUGGUGAAUUAUGUUUUACUCUGCUGUGGAUGAUCCCUGUCAUGAUACAUCCACUGAGGAGUUAAAGCAUAAUCCCAGGCCCAGGUCUUGUUUUCAUAGUGAUGGCAAUAAUUCCUAUCGAUAAUAACAUUGUGCUCCAAGUUCUCGAAGCCAGACAAGGCAAGCAACAUGAGCACUUAAGUCGCCAUGUUGGCAUGUGCAGUAUUAUCAUAACUAACCGAAACAACCAUGAAAAACUAUGAAUAUAAGCUUCAAGUUGUAAUCAAGAGCUCAUAAGCCAGCAUUGGUUGAAAAUAAUCAGGAAAAAACUGGAUAAAACGACUUAUUCAGCCAUUUUCCACGUAACCAGCUUUGAGACUUCUCUUCUAAAUAUAUUCUAUCAAAUAAAUGUUGCCAAGAAACGAGAAACUGUGAUCAACUUCACACAUAAUUUACAUUUGCUGGUUGUAAUUGUCUGGUCAUUUAUCACAGUGGCAUCGAUGGAGGAAUGAGAGGACAUCAAUCUGACUGGCUUGUGACGGUCUGUGAGUUUGAAAAAUCUGUUGUGUGGUCACUGCAGCCUCAGAUGUUCCUUGCAGAGUAAACACCAAACUGUAGGUCCUAACAUGGUAGCAUCUAGCAGCUGAUUACAGGGUACUUUAUAAUACUGUGUAUCCUACAUGAAACUGAUCUCAGUUACACCAUACAGGCUCAACACCAGGCUAAACAUUAGUCUUAUACAUGGAUACAUCCAUCCUUAUAUAUAUAUAUGGAUAUUAUUACAGUGUUUCAGCAUACCUUCAAACCUUCUAUCGGGGAUUUAAGUAUCCAAGCCUCAUCCCUGAAACUCAAGUAGAUGGGAGUUUCCAUCACUAGACGAUACUGGUCACUAACAAGAUUGUAACAGCAAGUGUUUUUAACUUCCUGCUUGCUGUUGGAAGAGUGUUUUCAUUGAAACACUCCACAGACGCAGCCUUAUUUGAGACUCUAAGUAUGUUUUUCCAUCUAUACCACAACACGCAAAGACGUUUGGAUGUCCAAAUAUAACUUCUGCUACACGUAUAUGAAACCUAUGGUCUGUGCAGUCUUCCUCAAUACCUAAACGGUCUCAGUUGGACUUGUAGCAUGCAACACUACAGCUCGACACACAGCAGCUGCUUUGUAACUCAAACUACGAAACUAAUGUCAACACCCGCCCUCACUUUGAGAAGGUGUGGGAUGUUUCAGUGUUGAUAUUGUGUCUGUAUAAAUGGUAUGACGCCAUCUGUUUGUAGGCUGGUCCACUAUUUGUGCGCUUGUGGAACACAAACCAAAGAAAGUCCAGCACUCAAAAUGAAAUGUAUUUGGUUUAAGGUGCUGAAGGAGACGCUGUCCUAAUGAACUGCUCUUGAAUGGUUAAGUUUUACUUAAAAGGUACAGCACAUAAUGACAUCUAAUGUCUUGAAGAAUGUCUUUACAGUUAACAAAAACAUGUUCUCUGUCCUGUAGCAGUGACAGUUAAAGGAGCUCUGUGCGAGAUUCAGAGGUUGUGUGCACACGGCUCUCAACAUGGAGGUAGCUGAGCCGCUAAUGGUGCUAGGAGCUAACUUUGCUAACACCAUGAAGUGCGGACAGAGCUAAUGGUAUUGGAUGCAACUUGCGCUUGCGGCCGGACCGUGCUCAGGACGCCAUUACUCCACUAUAUCUCUACAUGGCAAAUAGUUGUUUGCUGCUAUAUAAAUACUCUGAACAUCAUAUAGAGCUCCUUUAAUUUCUCAUUGUGGUGAUAGUUACGCCUUCAGCCCUCUCGAAGACACGCUGAUAUUAUCAGAAAACUUCUAUUUUCUCACACUGUUUUUGUCACUGAUUGACAAGUGAGAGUUUCAGUUGUGUCAUGUGUUGUAAAACACCUCUCCAUCUACACAACUGGUGUGUAAAGAAACUGUUAACUCGUCAUUUCAUAGUGGCGAACAGUAGUUAGCACACAGAGGUGACAGAAGUGUAACAUUAAAGGAAUAGUUAGACAUUUUAGGAAAUGUGCUUCAUUACUUUCUUGUCUAGAGUUACAUGAGAGGAUUAAAACCACUUUCAUAUCUAUUUGAAUUUCAUCCAUUUAUCAUAUCUUUUCUACCUAGCUUGUUAGCGUAGCUUUGCCUGAAUACUGGAAACAGAGAAGACAGCUAGCCUGGCUCUGUCCAAAUGUAACAAAAGCAUCCCUUUUAAGUUUUUAAAAAUGAACGCUCAAUGUUUCAUUUGUUUGAUACGUAUAUAAAGUUUAAUUGCAAUGAACGGGACUAGAGAAAAGUAACAAGACAAGAAAUCAAAUAAGUCGAUUUCCAAAAACGUUGAAGCUAUUCCUGUAACAGUUUGAUCAUUUCUAUCAAGAAUUGGAGGAAAAUGUAUUUUUCAAGGGUUUUCUUCCUUUUUGCUUCUAAUUUGAGUUCUUAAAGAUAUACUAUGCAGGUUUUGUCAGUUACUGCUUGUAAACGCAACAUUCAGGAACUUUCCAUAAACGGCGAUGCGCUAGCAAACUAAGCUAACGGCCGGCACCUACUUACCCAACAGAAACCAGACCAACUCUGCAUUGCUCCCUCCGAGAUUCACUCUCAUUUUGGAACAAGCUUUGCCUCACUAUAUUUGUAAUUUGUUGCAUUGUGUCUACAGAUUCCCUAGCUUCCUCUUGGAUGCGUGCUGCUACUACCUGAUCGUUACCUUUUUAUAAGUCCCAGCCUGACCUUUGUGCUGUCAUUGGCUGGGGGCUACACGCUCAUAAACAUCCCGGACACAGCAAAGUAAAAAGAAAAUACAGGCAGAGGGCAGAGUCCCUGCAGAUAAAUACACCCCAACACUCUUCUACUGGGUCUUGUGUGAUAUGAUGAAAUUUUCUAGGAAAAUCCUGCAUAGUAUACCUUUAACUGUAUGACGUUUUCUUCCUCUCACAAGCACCUUUCAUUCUAAAACACCACUACCUACUCACUUAAAAAUCUUGUGCUGUUAAUGUUCAUAAUGCAAGUUUCUAAAUAGGGCCUCAAACAUAAAAAGAGUCAGUAGAAUACGAUGGUACUGACUCCAUCGUCUAAUGAGUUGGGUUGAAUGUUAUUUGUUACAAAGUUUCUCGGCCUGUUGAGGGCCAUGGUUUAUAAAACUUGUCUUUUUGUCUGUACAGUAAAACUGCAUCUGAAUGCUACCAAUAUCUCCAGUCAAAUUACCCAUUUAUGGUCAGUAAAAACUCCAGUUUUAGCCCUGUAACCUAAUCCAAAGCAAACAAUCUUAAGAGAUGCAGCUUAAAACGUUUCUGUACGAACUUGAUCCCUGAUGUUUUAUUGGAUGUCUACACAAUUAGUGCCUUUGUAAACCUUCAGGUUCCAGAUUUGUGGUUUGCUCUUCAAAACGGGGAUGAGAAUAAACCAUGAGCUGUUAUAUCAUAUGACUCAUUUGACAUGCACUUGAUUGCUAAAGCUGCUACGUCUAGAAUUUGAACCUUGAUGACUUUCACAACUUCCUUAAUCCCUUACUGGUCGUGUAUUACAUCAGUACAAAUCCAGGAAAUCUCAGAAAGAGGUGAUUAAAAGGUGUUCAGAGAUUUGGAGGUGUACUCUGGUCUCUUCCAGACUCUGCUCCUUUUUUUUACUCCCCUGUCAAAGGCUCCUUUUUCAUUUUAUUGACGAGGAUGCAGCUGUUGGGAGCGGUGUAUUUUUGAUGCUUCCUGCCUCUGAAAUUUGAGUUGCUGAGGCAGUUCUCUUCCUGUCUCCUUGGUUGAUGCUGUCAAGAAAUUUUGCACGUCAUACUUGGACUAUAUAUACAUAGAAUAACUUGCAUUCUUUCUACGUAUAUUCUCUUAAGAUCAAUUUGAAUCUUCUACACGAAGCAGCUUUAACUUCCAGAACGUAUAACAGCCUUAAAAUCAGUCAUGUCACUUGCAAAACAUGUAUUCAGCUACGAUUUUGCACUUGUUUGUGGUUGUUCUGUGCUAAAUCUCCCUCAAAAGUACAACUACCUGAUCCUCUUUGAGUCGGUCUUUAUUCCACAGGCACACGGUGCUCAUUGGACAGUAGCUCAACUGUAACUAAACCCAGCACAAGAGAGAUAAGAAAGGUGCUUUUAAUUGAACACCAGCAAGUUGUAGCCAAAAUCGUACCGUUAGCAGUUGAGUAUUGUGUGAUUUUCCAACUUUUACAACCCCUUUUUCAUGUGAUUAUUGGAUGUGUAACGAGAUGUCAUCUCAGGGUAAACUUGUGGCAAAAUGUCUCCUGAUAGGAAGUUAUCGACAUGUCUUUUACCUUGGAGGGGCAAAUAAUGAUAAAAACAUUUGAACACGAUUGUAAUGUGACACAUGAAUAACUGGCCAAAUGUAAACAUACUUGUAGCAACUGUAAUGGAUUUAUUUCUAUGUAGAUGAUGUUUUGGUGUGAGUGUCUCUAAAUCAAACACCAAGGGCUUCUUUCUAAAGCCACCAUUUUUGCACCAAGUUUGAACAAGUGCAUGAAGAAAUCAGUUGUUAGAAGAGAUGGAAUUUUUCUACUUAGAGUGGCCUCAGUAGACCAGAGUGCAGUGCAACCACAAAGACUUCACAUGUUUUGACUGAAGUGAAGUGAUUACUGUAAUCACAGUCACGCCUCGGUGUUCACUUCACACCCCUGCUUUAGUGGUUGUUUAGAAGCACUCUGGGAAAUGUAGGAAGGGUGUGGACAUACUUUGACAUGCACAGAAUAACUUGAUCAGAGACAGAUGACGUUCAAUGAGAGUUAGAGGGGAGACUUAUUCAUGAGAGCUGUCAAACGGCCAUGUCGCAGUCACCAAAAAAACGUUUUUCUUUGCCCCAUGAAAACAAAAAUGCAUACACUUAUUUUUCGCUAAAACUUUACCCUUUAGCUGACCUGUGUUGAGGCCUGGGUUUCAUCAGUUGAAUUGUAGCUUGUCAGUCAGCCAAGAAAAACACAAGAGACCCACAGAGGUAUUAAAUGUAACAGAUCAUUUUUACAGCCGAUUGUUAGCAUUGAUUAGCUUUUCUAAUUACUGGCUACAGCUGUUUAUUUGGUUUGAAUCUGAGAGACCAGAGAAGUGAAAUGUGUGACAUCAUAUUUAUACUGUAUAUCAUUCAUCAUAAUCAUUCAUUAAAUUACUAUAGUGGAAAAAAAGGUGUUAAUGUAUUUGUGUUGCAUAAGAAUAAGAGGUUCUUCAGAGAACAUGUGAAGCCUGUGUUGUUACCAUCCAUCAUUACUCCUGUUCUUUGAUCUAUGAAUGACCAUACUACUGUUUCUUUGGACAAUUAGUCUCAAUGCUAUCAUAGUUAUGAUACUGAUAUGAAUUUAAUAAAGUGAUUCCAUGCUUUUCA